AUGCUUGGUGGCUGGUAUCGCUGGACAAUCUGGGUGAUUUUGCUGGCGAGCAGUGCCGAGAUCUUUUACCACGGAGACAGCACAGCAUCGACGAGCACGCCGACAAAGGACGCGGGCGAGGUUUGUGUUGAAACGCUGGUUGAAGGGGCACGGACAAGUGUCCCCAUCGAGGUUACAGCACGCGACGAUGGCGCAACAAGGCCAAGGAUGGUGGUGCCCGUCGUGCCGCAGGACGGUCAAGAAGGAUGCCAACUUCUGCCCAGGGUGUGGGCAGAGCUGGCAGAAAGCAGCCAACACGGCCCGAGAGCCCUACACGGCCGCAGUGGUGGGACCACCCAGCAGACGAAGACCAAAGAGGAGCAGACUUGGGUGGCACCCACAGUGGACGACCUACCUGCCCCACCGGCGCCUCCCACCAUCUCAGGGCCCAAGAGGCCUUCGGCGGAUGCUGGAGCGCAGCCCGAGAAAAGCCAGCUCGACACAUUGGUGCGGUUGUUGGCUGGCUCCUCAGCUGCCCUCCCCGAGGCAGCCCAGCAGAUCCUAGCGGAGGUGCAGCAGAACAGCGCACAGGCGGCCACUCGAGGACGACACCGAGCGGUCGCAGAUCAAGCCAAGGCUCGAGCAGCCCUGGCGAAGGUGCAGAACAGCCGCGCCAGCUACCUUCAGGCGUGGUCCGAGUAUAUGUCGCGCCUCACUGGACUUGUCGAAAAGCAGGUCCAGGAACAAGGACGCAUCAUGGAGGAGCUGGACGCGGCGGAAAUACAGUGGACCGGAGCGGAGAGGCAUGCCACACAGCAGCUUGCCAAGCUCGCGGCCACCGGCGAGAAGGAAGCAGAAGAGGAGGACAACAACUCCGAGGAGAUGGUGGACAGCGCUAUCGAGCAGGAGGCAAAGCUGAAGGCAGCCUCUUCAGAACGACAAGCGGCAACCACCAAGGUCCUGAGUGUCUUGACCACCCUCAGCCAGACAGCGGCAGAGCAGGCGCAGGAGCACGCCCGCGAAGGCUCGAGGACACCACGGAGGGUACCUCACUUCGACCUCACCAAGGAGGAGCUCCCAGACGAGGCACCGCAAGAGGAUGGGGUUGGCAACAAGCCCAGAGGCUCGUUCAUAAGCCGACAGGUUAUGUGCGAGCCGAACAGCGAGCUGUGUGAUGGAAAGCACAGCAUCCAAUCUGACUGGAGUUAUGUGGGACCAUAUGCCAGUCAGUUCUUGGGUAUGAUGGACCGACUUCAGGUCCAAAUCACGGACAUCGGGCUUCCUGGUCACACAGUGUGGGAUGACCCGAGGAUCCAAGGCCAUGCCUUUCCGGUUUCAUCGGCAUAUGACAGAGCCGUUCAGCAGGUCCGAGCGGACCUGCGUGCAGAGCAUCCUCCUAUGGCUUCCGUGAAUGAGGGCUUUUCACGCAAGCGACAGGUCGGUUUUCCUGGCACCCCGGAUGUGGGCUGUUUCAAGGGAUACGGCUCAGCAGGAGAGGAUUGUGCGCCGUCCUUCCAUACUCCUGUGUACAUGGACAAAAACACAGUUGAGAGUGACGCGGAGGGUGCCAUCAGGUGGCGCAACCACCUUACGAGGCAGCUCCUUGCACAGGUCUGCCUUCCAGUGCAGGCCACCCUGCAUCUGUUGCCCUCGCCCUGUGCUGACGGCACCUGCCGCUCACAGGCCUCGCCACAACUGCCUUGCACUCAGGCCCCCACUCCAGGGCCGCCCAGCUCCUUUGCCACCAGUGAGCGGGAGGUUGUAACCCAAGGUGCCUCACCGGUGCUGGUGCCGGACAUGCCGCCAGGCCUGCUGGGGAAACAUGGGCCUGAAGGUAUUGCACUGGGCCGCACUGCACCUCCCUUUCGUGAUGCCCAGGUGUCCCAUGGCAGUCCUCCGCUGCCCAAGGUGAAAGGCCCUCAGGUCAAGUUCGCAUCUGAUAUCGCAGAGCUUCCGAUACCGGGAGUUCUCAACAUGACGUUGCCCUCGCGAUUUGUUGGGGCCGGACCUCUUAGUGAAUGGGGCCCGAAGCUGGCUACGCGGCAUGCGGCUGGAACCAUGCCUAGUGAAAUCUCAUACAUGAGAGCCACCCACGUCCGUGUUCUCCCCUCCGACCUGGAUGGGCCUGCCCUCUACCUGCCUAUGGCUAGAAUGGUUGCUACCUUAAGGCCAGAAGUUGAUGACUCAGGCAGGGGGCGGUACACUGUUUUUGAGCCAGGGCAGCGGCCAAGGGUACGCACAUGCGGUGAUGAUUGGCGCCUCAGUGACUUCGCGGCGGAUGCUGCAGGAUCAUCCACACAAACCGUGCGCACGCUCCAAUUUGUGACAAAUCCCAUAGGCGGCUUACCGCGCCCUCAAGUGACGCUGACACCGGCCAGUGCUCCUCUACAGGCUCUCGCGGUGCCCUUUGAUCUUCGGGACUUGGCCCUUAAUGUGGUGACUGCGGUUAUCACAAACCAAGCGCUUAUGGAUGAUCUGCCUGGCCUCUUGGCGGCUGGAGCGCCCAUUCCGCGGCUUGUCACCUUUCCACAGGGCCCGCCGCGUGCCAUCCGCGAUUCUGCAGGGCGUCGACAUGCGCACUUCAGGGUGCCUCUUGUUGACUUGGAGUGGGCUGUGGUGCUUUUUGAUGAACCUGAUGCUGACCCAGCAGUGCGCCCCGAGCAGCAUUUCGAUGCAUUGUGUGCCCUGAGGGCGGAUGCUCCCUCGUUGCUUGGACGGGCCCGACACCUGCAGCCCACUUUCCACCCUCCCGCUUUCGAGUGUCGGCCCGCUUACAUCUUCGAGGACGGCUGUGCCAUUCGUGAUUCCCUCCAGUUCUCGCUUGUGCGAGGGAACGGUCCGUAUGGACAACAGCGUUUUCAGUACACCCUGUUUGCAUGGCACAGCAGGCCCAAAAAGCUGUUGGCGGACCCGGAAUGGACGCUUACUGAUUUGGCAGUUUUUGCUGAAGCAUCGCAUGAUGAAUCGUUGCGUGUCAUGCACGCCCUCCAAUGCCCCAUGCCUGGUAUAGCCACCCCACAGCUGGUUGCGACUUCUCUGGACGUUGUUGAUCCGUGGAGGAUCAUUCCGGUGGACCUGAGGCCCAUUGGAGGUGAUAUCUUCUGUCCGCCCGUCGGGCCCGACAUGCCGGUUGAUGAAGUCUUUGCGCGCAUUCGGGAUGGGAACCCUUCAACAGAUGAGCCUUUUUUUUCGACUAGGUCAGAGCUGCCUGGCACGGAUAUCCUGCGGACAAGCCACUAG